ACCACCGCCUGGAGGUAAAAGCCGCGCGGAGCUGUAUCUGCACACAGAGAGGAGCAGCAGAUCUCUGAUUCUGUGAAUCCCUUACUUACAGUGCAGGGAAAUCUACAACACACCGACGAGUCACUCUACAAAUCCAACUGUUUUUUAUAUGCAACUGUAGCGCGUUUCCUCUUUGGAUAGUGAGAGUCCGAUCAGUGCGCGCUGCAGAGCGCAGAGGAUCCGAGGGGGCAACAAGCAGGAGACAUCUCUCCUCCGGACUGGCGAUACGAUGAGGAAAUUCUGAGGUGGCUCAAACUCUUCCCGACCACUUUACGCUUUCCUUUCCUUUUGGCUGCUUGCUGAAGAGUUAGCCCAUGUGCAGGCAUCCUCGUGAGUGUGAUUCUGUUUUCACCCAGAUCUCUGCUGCCUGGACAAAUGCAUACAAAUGCAUUUAGGAGCUCAACGGACAAGGAGUGGACACGUUUCCGCGGCAGCAACGUGGAACUUUAUCCUGCUCCUGUCAGUAUGCUCAGCAGCACUCUCUGCAGAAGGAGAAUACCUAGCACAAGGAGUGGAUAUCCUCUCUCGAUUGGGGCUUACUGCUCAAAGCGGGACAGACUAUCAAGACAAGAGGACAAGCUCACCCUCGCCUGCUCACACCACAGCUCACUCCCCUUUGAAUCCUGCUGUUUCUGGAUAUGGGGUAUUACUCGACUCAAACUCCCUCUAUGAGGCUCCUGCAGGCGGUCUUUUCCCGCCUGAGAUUGGGGAGGAAUUUUCUGUUGUGGUUAGCUUGAGCUCCUGGCGAGCAAACAAUGCUUUUCUUUUUAGUGUCAAAGAUGGAAGGGACAGGCUGCGCUUUGGAAUUCAGCUGCUGCCACGCAGAGUGGUGGUGUACACUGCAGAACAGGCCCCCGUCUACUUCAACUACAAUUGGCAGGACGGGCGUCAGCACCCUUUUGCUGUUGGCGUUCGUGCACGCUCAGUGUCUUUCUUUGCAGAAUGCGGGGCGGUGCAGCAGCGGGAGCAAACCCUGGGGCGGUCUCAGACCCUGGGGGAGUCUGGGGGUGUUUUCACUCUGGGUAGGAUGAACUCCAGAGCGGCGCCAUUCUACGGUCGAGUCUGCCAACUAGAUAUCUACCCCUCAGCUCAAGCUGCUGCCCACUUCUGCAGCUACCUUAGAACACAGUGCCGGCAGGCCGACACUUACCGGUUGCCUUUACCACAUCCUGGUUUGGAUAUUGAGGCAAAUGACCCCCCUUCUGACCCAUUGACAAAGUCCCCUGUUGGAGUAGCAGCUACCCAUCAUACCCCUAUAAAAGCCACAACAACUUUCAAAGAGUCCCCGGGCAGUUCAAUCAAACAGUUUUCCACUCCGAGCCCAUCACUACAACUUCAUUUGGGGGACCAGAGCCACAUUUCCACAUUGGAUACCCUCGCCCACUCCACCACAUCCUCGACCCAGCCCGACAACCCCGCCUUAAGCACCCUGAGUGGGGCAGCAGAUCGGGAUCUCAGCUAUAGCACAACUAUCACCACUAUCCCUGCUUUCAAAAAUAAUCUGGCAAAAGAGAGAAGCCCCCAGGGAGAUACUGAUCACUCUGAAAACAGCACGGAGGAAGACAGCGUCUCUGAGAGCCUAGACUCUCCCGGGACUACCCUGCCAGGCCUGAUUUCCCCAGUCAGGCAAAGCCUAUUGAAGGAAGGACUCAGGAACAACUCCGUCACCAGCUCCGGAGAGUCUCGCUUGGAGCCCCAAAAGACUCAUCAGCUCCUGGAGACUCCUUUCAGAGCCAAUGGGACCACUUUGUACCGGGAGAAUCAGGUGGACAGCUCAGAACAUCACAACCUGGACGGCAGCUACGAUGACGCAGACUUGGCAGGAUAUGAUUAUGGAUACGAGGACCCGGACUACUUCUAUGACUAUGAAGGUGGUUUCCCUGGCCCAAAAGGAGAGCCAGGUCCUCUGGGUCCUCCUGGUCCCCCUGGUUUACCUGGUCCCCCAGGAAAAAGAGGCUCUCGGGGUCCUACUGGUCCACAUGGAAACCCAGGACAGCCUGGACCGCCUGGGCCCAAGGGUUCAAAGGGGGACCCCGGUUCUUCCCCAGGCCAGGCCCGACCAGGAGAGAAGGGUGACAGAGGUCCACCAGGUCUGCCUGGUCAGGAUGGAUUUCAAGGGCCAACGGGUCCUAAAGGUUAUCCAGGGCCAUCAGGACCGCCAGGAGAACAAGGCAUACCAGGCCAACCAGGGGAGGCAGGGGCUGCAGGUUACCCUGGCAGGCAGGGCUCAGCGGGGCCAGAAGGUGACCCGGGGCCUAAAGGUGUCCGUGGUUUCAUUGGGCCUCCUGGCAUCGCUGGACCACCAGGUCUGGAGGGGGAGAGAGGAAUUCCUGGUCCAAUCGGAAAACCUGGCCCCAAAGGAAGAUAUGGAGUGGUGGGCGAUGCUGGGGAGAGAGGGCCACCUGGUCCUGAUGGCGAUGAGGGGCCUGUUGGUGGGACUGGCAUUGGCGGCUUUCCUGGUCUGAGGGGCGACCCAGGGCCUGAGGGACUGAGGGGACUGCCUGGUAUGGUGGGACCUCAGGGCCCAGGAGGACGAGCUGGCCCGCCUGGAUUGAAAGGUGAUAAGGGUGAAGUGGGACAACGGGGCCACCCAGGAGACAUGGGGUACCAAGGUGACAAGGGAGCUGCUGGUGCGCCGGGUCCGUCUGGGCCAAGAGGGAAGCCAGGACCACCGGGUAGAAUCGGUGAUAUUGGGUCACAAGGACCACCUGGGCCUCCAGGACCAGAGGGGUUUCCUGGAGACAUUGGGGUACCAGGGCCCAACGGUCCACCCGGGCCAAAGGGUUUGCAAGGUGCCAGAGGGCCACAAGGCCCGCCAGGGCCACAAGGAACACAGGGUGAUGAAGGACCACUCGGCCCACCUGGCAUCGCUGGCCCUACAGGGAGACCUGGAAGAAAAGGCUACAUAGGUGAACCUGGCCCUGACGGUCUACAGGGAGAGAAAGGGGACAUGGGAAACAUUGGAAAACCUGGACCACAAGGUCCGCUAGGCCUGAUCGGGAUAGCUGGAGUGAUGGGAGUUCCGGGUGAAAAGGGCGAUAGAGGACCAGCGGGUCCAACAGGUCCAGUCGGGGAGAAGGGGCCAAGGGGCUAUCCAGGGUUGCCAGGAAGUCCAGGGGACAUCGGCAUGCAAGGUGCAUCUGGUCCACAGGGGCAGAGGGGCAUUCCUGGCAUCGCCGGGCCAAAGGGCAGAAGGGGGCCCCAGGGUCCAGAUGGCCCACUAGGAGAACCAGGCCCAGAGGGCACCAAGGGUGAAAGGGGAGACAUCGGACAUAAAGGAGAGCCUGGAUUUAUUGGCAAGGCUGGAAGUCCAGGAGAAAGGGGCCCUGCAGGAAAAGCUGGUAAACCAGGUGUCGCUGGCAGCGGCGGAGAGAGAGGAGCCCACGGUGAACCAGGACCCAAAGGACCUCCUGGAGAGGCUGGACCUGAUGGGGAACAAGGACUUGAAGGCGGACCUGGUGCAGAGGGGGAACCGGGUGUCAUCGGAGAGCCAGGAUUAAAGGGGGAUAUCGGGCUUCCAGGAGCUGAAGGGGAGCAGGGACAGGAGGGAAUACGAGGUCCUCCUGGUCCCCCUGGUGAAGACGGCCCUCAAGGAAAAGAUGGACCCAAGGGCGAGGCAGGUGAGCGUGGGCCAAUCGGAGAGCCAGGGGACAAAGGUGUUGAAGGUGACCCCGGGCCGCCAGGAUCAACCGGAGGGCCUGGGAAACAGGGCUUUCGUGGACCAGAAGGAAAACUAGGGCCUCCAGGGAAUCGAGGACGUCACGGCAAGAAGGGAGAAAGAGGUCCUCCAGGUGUUGCUGGCGAGAUCGGGCCACGAGGAGACAUCGGCCAAUCAGGCGAGCCAGGGCUGAAAGGCGCCAGGGGAACACGAGGCCCUCCAGGUCAGCCUGGAGUCAUGGGGGUCGAAGGACAGCCAGGACUGGCAGGAUACACAGGUCACCCUGGCAAGUCUGGGCCCAUAGGACCACCAGGGCCUAAAGGUGAAAAGGGUUAUCCAGGCGAGGACAAUAAGACCCCAGGACCGCCAGGGCCCUUAGGUGAACCAGGGCCUACAGGGGAAAGAGGAGAGCGUGGAGAGCCAGGGGAUGAAGGAUAUCAGGGCCAUGUUGGUACUGUUGGAUCUCGUGGAGCAGUUGGACCACAAGGCCCACCAGGAUCACCAGGCUUUGCCGGAGAGCCAGGCCCAAAAGGAGAGAUAGGACCUCCGGGCUCUGCAGGAAAGAAUGGACCGAGGGGGCUGAGCGGAUCUCGAGGGAUUGAAGGGCCAAUGGGUUUACCCGGUCUCACUGGGAUGAUGGGUUACCCAGGGCUGGAUGGUCCCCCCGGAUUUACUGGCCUACAAGGAUUUCCCGGAAAACAAGGACGACAGGGUCACCGAGGUUUGGUUGGACUAGAAGGACCUGUUGGACGUUCAGGUCCCAGAGGAGAGCUUGGUUUUCCUGGACUUCCUGGAGAAAGUGGACCUCCCGGUCAAAAGGGAGAACCAGGACUGCCGGGGGACAGGGGACGCGCCGGAAUCAAAGGCAUGGAGGGCACUACAGGGGACCAGGGCAGGAAGGGUGACCUUGGACACAAAGGACAACCAGGGGAAUCUGGAGAUCUGGGAAUGGUUGGUUUGCAGGGCUUUCCAGGGCCUAAGGGACCAAAUGGUGAUUUUGGAUUUAGAGGCUUCCCUGGCCCGAAAGGCCCAAUGGGAACCCUGGGAUUCACUGGACCUGUUGGCCCUGAAGGGAUGAUUGGCCCAAUGGGAAACCCUGUAGGGGCACAGAGGUCCAAAGGGAACGGUGGUGAAAUGGGGCCUCAAGGACCAGAGGGAAGCCCAGGACCCAGAGGACCUCCUGGUGCUCCAGGUCCAACAAGGCACAUUUAUGAUGACUCAGCAGUCUACGGUCUCUCUGACUCGAACCCUGCCUUUAGGACGGAGAGUUUCCAGAACACGGAGAUGAGCCUACCUGACCAAAAUACUGAGGUCCUUAAGACUCUACGUUACCUGAGCAGCGUGAUUGAGAGCAUCAAACAGCCUCUGGGUUCACGGGAGAACCCGGCCCGUGUCUGUAAAGAUCUGCUCGACUGUCAUCACAAGCUCAACGACGGUUGGUUCUGGAUUGAUCCAAACUUGGGCUGCACUUCUGAUGCCUUCAAGGUCUUCUGCAACUUUACUGCAGGAGGGCAGACGUGCUUACAUCCAGUGGCUUCUAAUAAGAUGGUGUUUGGUGUCGGGAAAGUCCAAAUGAAGUUUCUCCAUUUACUGAGUGCCGAGGCCAGCCACGGCAUCACACUCCACUGCCUGAACGAUCCUCCACACGGCUCUGCGGGACCCGGACUGCAGGAGAACGGCACACUUCGGUUUCGUGGCUGGAACAAACAGAUGUUUGAGAAAGACACAGUACUUGAACCCCACGUGCUGCAAGAUGAGUGCAAGAUCCAAGAUGGCAGCUGGCACCAGUCACGUUUCUUCUUCCAUACUCAGGACAGUCGUCAGCUACCGAUUGUAGACGUACAGGAAUUUCCCACAUCACAGCCCAACGGUCAGCAGCAUUUAGAAAUUGGUCCGGUCUGCUUUCUCUGACACCAAAACAUCACCAUUCGUGCAUCCUGUAUACAUGAACUACUAACAUGCAAGGCUGUUACAAGACAUGUCUGCCUGCCAAAGAGCGAACUCCACCAGAGUUUGUUGUGGUUCUUCCAAACAGGACCUGUAAUGUCCAAUCAAAGGCGGGUCUUCGUGGAACGAUCGGGUCUCUGUGAACCAUCCAGGCCCAAGAAGGCCAGAGGAGAACAUGUGUAUACCAAUAUUUAUCAAUGAUUGUGUAUAGUAUGUUUUGUCAAACGGUGCUUAGGUUGGCUGUGUAUGGACCGAUGUCCCUGAUCACAGGGGAGGACCUCACUAAGAAGCCACCUAUCCAAACCCCUAAACACACACCUCCCUUCUCACCCCUCACAACCCCCUCCCCUCCCCCCCAAACACACCCAGACCAUCCUAAGCAGAGGCCUAUCCUGAAGGAUCAUUUCAGGCCUUUUCAUAGGAGCACUGUCAAACUAAAGGUUUUUAUGAGUGCAAUAGCAUGUGGAUGAUGUGUGACUUCUUUUUUUUUUUUUUUUUUUUCAAUCAAAGGUUUUAUUUUACAAUGAUUUCAUGAUGUUUUUUUUUGUCUUCGGUCCUGCCCAGCCGGACCUGUACAUCUUGACAGAUGGUGCUCUACCUCUACCUGCUCAAUUGCUUUCUAGAAUAGCUGCUUAAGUCAGGUUAGAUUUUUUUUUUCCCGCCUUCGUGUUGUAUGUACCGGUUACAUCAAGAUUUGUUAUGUUGUAUAAGUACUUAUUUAGAUUCGGUCAUUUCUAAUUUAUGAACCAUUUUUUGAUACACUACUAUUUUUGUAGCUCUUCCUUUUAUAUGGUAGGUUCUUCAGGGGAAACCUAUCAUUGGUGCUGCAACAAAGAAUGAGUCAUCAGUGAGUUUUUACAUUUCCUGUGUAUAUAUUGACAGCAUACUGUUUGUUUAUUUAUAUCCUUUUUUGUUUUUUUUGUUUUUUUUUGUUCACAUUACUGUACCACAGUAAGUUAUACUCUCAGAGAAAUAUUUGAUCCACCACAACUCAGUCUAAAGAAGUAUUUAUGUUAGAAAGGUGUGUGUUUGUGUGUUUGCACACCUGUGACUGUUUCUUUUUUUUUUUUUUUUUUUUCAUACUGUUAUUUCCGUUCAUUCAGUGGUGGUCAGGAGGACUGGCAGCUAUAGUAGGCCAGAGUCAGAAAACACAGUCAUCAUAUUCUUAAGUUAUAUUAUCUUGAACAAAGUGUAAGUAUAUAAAAUCUGUGGAGGAUAAGGCUGGAUGUGUAAAUAAUGAAUACGUUGACAAACAAAUAAAUGGAACAUUUUAUCCCAAAAUGGUUCAGAUGUUUUUUUCAUGCAAUAUUGUUGGUUUAAAAAAAUGUAUUAAUGUUGUUGAGGUAACCUCACCAGUAUGUGGAGAAAUGUAAUAAGAUACCCUCCAGGGGAACUCUAGUGGGGAAAG